GUUUAGUUGGCAGUUGGCACUCUCAUUUUCCUCUUCUUUAAUAAUUAACCAUGUCACCUGCUACUGCUAGCUAGCUUGAGCAGGUAAGCCAAAGGAAGUGACUUUUUCCCCCUCUCUCUCUCACUCAAGUCUCAACCCUUUUCUCUCUCUAGGCUAUAGGCUGAGAAUAGCUCUCCUCUGCACAUUGCUGUGAUCCAUAUAAUAAAGACUUGGAAUUUGAUGCUCCCUUCCGUGUUUUUCCUGUUUGUGGAAAAUACACAACACCCCCAGUUGCCUUGCUGAAAUUUGGUUUUGAUUUUGGGGUUUCUCCUCUGUCCCCAAUUUGGGUCUAGCAUUUGAUGCUCUGCUCUUCAAGCUACUCGUCCAAAUUCUCAAAAGCCCACCAGUCCCUCCCUACCCCUCUUCCCAUUUUAGGGGGACUGUGAAAGCAAACUCUUCCAAUUCAAUUCCCCCCACUGUAGUAAGGGCAGAAUUCAAUCAGAAUUUGAUGCUUCUUUGGACUUUCCUUGGAUAAAAAACCCCACAUCUCAGAAUAUCUCAAAAGAGACCCUCUGCAGAAAAGCUUCCACCUUUUUCUUCUUGUUCCUGCUGUUUCCCUCACUGGGUUGUUUGUUCCUUGAUUCAGACAUUGAACCCAGCUAGCCAAGCUUGGUCCUUUUUAAUUGGAGUUGCUGAUUGAGGAGGUUCAAGGGUUCUGAACAAGCUAAUUCCCUCCUUAAUUGGGGAUUUAACUCAAACUCAAGCUGGUGGUGCUAGCUAAAGGGUGAGGCUGCGAGGGAAAGGGAAUCUGCUUUCUUUUGGGAGUUGGGGUUUUUGAUGAGCUGCUAGGAAGCUAAAUUGGAUGCUUUUGUCUUCUACUCUACAUCUUUAUGCUCUGAAAGGUUCACUUUCUUGUCUCUAAGGAAGAAUUACCCCCACCCAUUUCGUUCAUUUCCAAUGCACAUUUGAGUAGAUGUUUGAUCCUAAGGCAAUUUCCUCCCGUUUCCCAUUUCCAUUUUUCCAUAGAAGGAGAUACUAAUAAGUGAGUAGCUGUCUAUCUGCUGCUGCUGCUGCUGCUGCUGUUGAUUUAGAUUUUAUGCCUGCUAUCUAAGAUUUCCCCCUCUUCUUUUUCUCACUUUUCGUGUCCAUGGGGAUGCUGCAUCAACGAGGUGUUGUCCUUUUACUUUAGCAUCCCAAACCUCAUCAGUUCUAUAAAGCUGCCAAGGUUUCUUGUUCCUUGUUGAGUCCUGCAAGAUAUCACCAUCCAGCUAAGCUAAUUUUGGUCAAACUCCAACUUUAUCUUUUGUGUGUCCAGACCCUUCUCCCUUGUGUUCUUUAUAUCUAUAUAUAUCUAGUCCUUUUGAUUCUUUCCCAAUUGUGUGUAGAGAGGUUGUAGGUUACUUCUUCUUUUCCCUUCUGAUAUACUUCUUUCCUCAGAACUUGGGGAGAUUAGCUCUUCUGGAUCAUAGAGAUGGGACUGGGGGGUGGUAAUGGUGGUGACCAGUUAUCUUCCGGAAUGAGCACAAAUCCUUUCUUCGCUUCUGGUUGGGAUCCAGUUGCUAUUUCUCUUAGCCAACAUGAGAGCUUUGGAGGUUCAUCCAUGGAUUCUCAAAGUGAAUUCUCCCAUCACCAUCACCAAUCAUUUCCAAUGCUAAUGGACGGCAAUGGAGGAAAUCCCAACUCUCAUCACCUUGCUCAUUACCCAUCUGAGUCCAGCUAUGUGGAGAUGGUGCCCAAAUUCUCUUCCUUCGGAAGUGGGAACUUCUCAGAGAUGGUGGUUGGACCGUACGGGCUAACUGAGUGUGGCCAGAUCGCCAACCAAGGUUGCCAUCCAAAUUUCGGCUCAGGCAAGGAGGCGGAAAAUGAGAGGGCUUUGAGAAAUGGAUCACAGUCUCAAGAGGAUCAUCCAAUGUCUGAUGGAGUUGGCAAUUCUCCUAAUAAUGUAAACAGGAGGAAAAGAAUUGCCGAGUCGAAUUCUCCGUUCGACUCAAACAAGAAUGCCGACGGAGACCUGCUAAAGGAUCCCUCUGGAGAGGAUAGUGAUGGUCCAAAGGGGAGGGAAGAUAAAAAGCCAAAACAAGAACAAAAUGCUGGUUCUAAUUCUAAGGGCAAACAGGCGGCUAAACAGGCUAAAGAAGAAUCAAACAGUGGUGGAGAUGGUAAAGAUAGUUACAUUCAUGUUAGAGCCAGAAGAGGUCAGGCUACAAAUAGUCAUAGCCUUGCAGAGAGGGUAACCCUUCUGAUUUUUAUGCUUUCUGGGAAAUGAUGUAUUGGUAACCAUUCGAUAUUAUACUUUUUGGCAAAAGAUGUUUGUAUAUAUAAGAGAAACCAUACAUAUAUGCUCAAAGCCUUGUGCUAAAUGUGGGAUUUGGUUUUCAGGUGAGAAGAGAAAAGAUCAGCGAAAGGAUGAGACUGCUACAAGAACUUGUGCCAGGAUGCAAUAAGAUUACUGGAAAGGCAGUUAUGCUUGAUGAGAUUAUCAAUUAUGUACAGUCACUGCAACAGCAGGUUGAGUUCUUGUCAAUGAAACUUGCUACAGUCAAUCCAGAGCUGAACAUUGAUAUUGAGAGGAUACUAUCCAAAGAUCUCCUUAACUCUCGGGGCAACAAUUCCUCGAGUCUCGGGUUUAACCCUCUUACUAGUGGGGCCCAUUAUCCACCUGGAGCUUUCCCACCAGGAAUGCCAGUCAUGCCGAAUAUGAAUCCACAGUUUGCCUCCAUGCCUCAACCCGGAUUAGACAAUGAACUCCAGAGCCUUCUCCAUAUGGGAUUUGAACCCGCAUCAGCAAUCGAUAGCCUAGGACCAACUGCACGCUUGAAACCAGAGAUGUGACAAUAUCUUAGAAGUCAUGAUGACAUAGAGUCAGCUUUAAAAACUUCCUGCUAACAGAGAAAGAGAUGUUUCUCUAGUGUAUUUCAAGUUGAGCUUUAUCUAAGCUGAAAGCAAAAGAAAAAGGAAGGAGGAUAGUUGGUCUUUGUUGGGUUGUUGUAUAGGUUUCAGCUCCUAACUACUGGGUGGGUUUCUUCGAGUUUUAGCAGAAGAAAGAUUUAUUAAGAUUGGUGUGUGCUGCUACAAUGCUAAAGAAAAGGACCCAAAAAAGAGAGAAGGGCCAACCCACACCUGUAUAUUGAUUUCCAAUUAGACAAACAGAGGGAAAGUGACUAGAGACUGUUCAUUUUUAUUUUUCUUUUUGCUCAUUAUUAUAUUCAAUGCAGUUAAAAUUCCUUUGUUUGCUUUUUCAUCUGUAAUUCUCCUUUCUGAUACUUGGAGAGUGCCAGAGUGGUGAUGAUAAGAACAGGUGCUGUACGAGGUUCAUGAGUGUUGAGUACACAGCACAACUGUCGUUGUAGUUGCCAACUGAGCAAUGAAUCAUUAUUGUGUGAGAAUAGUAUAUCCGCCAUGGAAGGUUGGGAAGAAGAUAC